AUGCGCCUGCUCACUCUGAACACGCUCAAGUGCACGCGCAAGGACGUCACGGACGGCCGCCUGCGCCUCGUGGCCACGAAGGUCGAGGUGCGCCAGAAUAGCGAGUUCGACGCCGAGUUCCUCGAGCACGUGCUCCCGACGCUCGAGUGGCCGUCGCUCGUCGCGUCCGCGAGCACCGUCGGCGUGACGCUGCCGCCCGCGCUCGACGACGCGCUCCGGGGCGACGAGGCGUUCCUCCGCGCGCUGCAGCACGUGCUCUUCGACGUCCACGUCAUCGAGGGCCAGCUCGUCUGCGAGGAGAGCGGCCAGACCUUCCCCAUCGAGGAGGGGCGGCCGAACAUGAUGCUCGACGAGGGCCUGCUGUAA